ACAUUGAAUCAAAAUUGAAUUGCUAUUUGCUUUCUUUCAUUCUGCAGUUUUUGUAUUUUAUGUUUAUUUACACAAAUAUCAAAUACAAAUUAAUUUGUAAUAAUAAUUUGUGUUGAUCAUAAAGUUCUAUUAAUUAUUCUUUAAGAUAAUAAUAUUGUAAUUUUUUAUUAAGUUUAUCAUGCUGUUUUAUCUGUGACACUUCAGAAAACGCGAUGAAAUGAUUUUGUCAGCGAUCGGAUUUUUUAUAAUAUUAUUUGUCAAUAAUUUUAAAUAUAUUUAUUGCAACGGAAAUGGGAACAAGAUAGAAGGAUUCGACCCUCUUGGACCCUUGGUGAAGUGCUCUUUUCUUCCGGAUGAAUUCGUUGAAUGUAAUGAGCCAUACGAUCAUAAAGGGAAUGUUAGUGCUAAAAAUGAAACCGGUUAUGGUUGCGUUAAAUUUGGUGGAAUAUAUUAUGAUGAUGUCGAAAAAGCAAAAGUGCUUUGUACAGUUUUACCUAAUAUAGAAUGUUUUGGCAGUACAGAGUUCGAUCGUGAAGGAGUUCCUUGUGUCAGAUACACUGAUCAUUAUUUUGUCACAACAUUAAUAUAUUCGAUUUUGCUUGGAUUUUUAGGUAUGGAUAGAUUUUGCUUAGGGCAAACUGGGACAGCUGUUGGGAAAUUAUUAACUCUUGGGGGCUUAGGCAUAUGGUGGAUUACAGAUAUUUUUUUACUAUUAACAAACAAUCUCCUACCAGAAGAUGGCAGUAAUUGGAAUCCAAAUGUUUAAUAUUUAAGUUACGCAUGUGACAAAGUGUAUAUAAAAUAACUUGUGUAUAUGUAUUUUUUCUUUUAUUUAUGUUAUGAUUUGAAAAUGUACAUAUGUAUGUAUUUGUUAUAAGCCAAACUCUUAAAAUAAAAUUAAAAUUCAUUAAUAUUCGGUAUAA